CGUCAUCCCAGGGCCCGUGCAGUCAGUCCGAGACGAGCUGAGAGCUGGCAUGUCGAGCGCCGUGCAUUGCGAGUCGUCAGCGAGUUGAGCAUCCUUCAAGCCCGAGCCGGGGGAUAACGUCCGCGCGAUUCGAUUCUGAGAUUCGUGCGUCCACGUAGGAUGAGAUCAGACUGAGCGCAAUGACAUCGAGAUACUUCGUGUUUGCCGCGGUUUUAGUGUACGUUGCAGCAUCCGCCGCGCAAGUUUACGAAAGCCAUCCGGUGGAUGCAGCUGCGGCGAUCAACCCAGCAGCUACGAAUAAUGACUUCAUCACGCAAACCGUCUACGGAUUCCUGGACUUUACCACAACAAUUGGCAAUACGGUAAUGGUCUUCAACCCUCAGAGUGCACCUCCAGAAGGAGACACCGAGAAGAAAACCUCCACGCCGGCGAUUCACACGAAACCAACAGAGCAGCAACAGAAGAAGAAUGUCCCCGACAUCCAGCCUAGCAAGACUUACAAGGUCGAACAUCAGGACGGCGAGACAAAGAAGCAGAUAAAGGGUACGAAGGUCGUCGUGAAUUCCGUGGUUCACCAGCAGAACGUGGUGAAUCCGUCUGAGAAUGUCGCGCCAAAACCCACCAAAAGCCAGGAGCCAAGUAAGCAGACGACGACAAAGCCACCCGUACUGUCGUCAAUCGUUCAAGUACGUGGGAAAGACGAGACUCCAGGUGUAAAGAACAAUCUUGCCGAACCGGAAUAUGAUUUUCUCUCAAAGCAACCAACGGAAGUGAUCGACGAGACGUAUAAGCUGAUCAAUCUGCGACCUUCAUCAAAGGCUCAUAAGCCACGUGCUACUCCUCGGAGGGAUAAGGAGAACCCAACUGGCCUGGUGACCAUGUUGGGUGGUACCAUCGUGAAGGACGGUCUUACUACUGUGCACGAGACCAGCGUAAUUGGCACUUACAUCAACGGCAAGUAUGCUCAAGUGCUCCAAAGUUCCUCGAGAAUUCUAACAGCGCCAGUUGCGCCAGCCGAGGGCAAAAUUCGGCCGUCCAAUACUCAUAGGAUUCUGAAGACUAUUGGUCCACAACAUGGCAAACUUAAGCCUCAGCUGGAGCCUACUCCGACCCACCAACAGCAAGAAGAAUCCUCGCUACCCCUAGAGGCCCUCUUCAGUUCUUCCGGCACUCCAGUACGAACAACGCGAAGGCACUCAACUUCGAACAAUCAGGCCAGGCCCAAAUUCCGAAACAAAAUCGCCGAUGAUUACGACAACAGCGAACCGCAGCAGACGAGAACCGGAAAAAACCGCGGCACAACGGCGCGGCCGAAUUACAAGAAUCGCCCUGCAACGACCACCACGGAAGCACCGGCGACUCGUCGUCGCGGCGGCUUUCGGCCGAGCAGUCAAUCCAGCAGUGGUUUGUCUUCGAAGCAAACAAAAUCGAGGAACGAUCAACAAUCAUCGACGCCAAUUAGUCUUCCGGUGCCUAAAGUAAAGCUACCGCGUACACAAGGUCGAUGGUCGUACAAGACCACUCCGAAACCGAGAAUCGUAAUUCGCAAGCAGGUGGAUGAGGACGAUUUGCGAACGUCGACGACCGAAGCGAGCACGACAGAGUCGCCUCAUGCAAUAAUCCCAGACGAGCAAAAUAAAUCGACGGCGACAACGAUGACGAUGAUUAGCGCAUCGAGUUCAUCCGGAGGCGUCGUCAAUGUUGCUCAAAGAAAGGAGCUGUCCUUGACGGAAGACGAGCUGGAUCCUAGCGAGAGUGAGGAUAUAGCCACUGUUAGCGUGCAGCAAGAUCAACAGCAUCCUGGAGAGCAAAUCCUGCCGGUAGAAACACUCAACGUUGAGAUUUCCACAGCGGCGGAUCUUGACAACGUGUACUUUGAAAUCGCCACCAUCAAGUCACCCUACUCUUUCCAGGUAGGAAGCCUGCGAAACACUCGCUUCAUCACAGUGACCUCCACCAUCAAAAAAACUUUCGCGACAGCCGAGCCGAGCAGUUCGAUCUCGCCCACGGAGCCGCUGACGGAAAACAUCCUGGCGAACACUGGAGCCGCUUAUGACUCGACAUUGCCGCUUGACUCAUCCGUGGCGACGUUGCCGGCGAUUUCUUUGGAGGCCGGUCAAGCGACACCCCCUUUGGAAACGCUGACGGAGACGUUCUCGACUACGCAGACGUUGCUGAAGACGCAUCUGCUGCCAGUGAUCUAUGGCAACAGCACCACUCGAUUAACUUUGGUGCAGACAUACAACAUCGCCCGGAUGGUAACGGCGACGAAGACUCUGCCACCGAUGGAGAUCUACCAGUUUAUCCCGAGCAAAACGUUAAACGAGUUCAAUUCGAAGCUCGACGAGGCUGGCAGCGAAUUGCACCUCGAGCUUGACUUUGGCGACUUUGACGAUCGUGACGACGAGGACGUGCCUAAGAGAAUAGUAGUGCCGAACAAUGACGACUCCGACUUGGAUAUCUUCAGGUCGGCGUCGCCAUCUAAAGUCAAGAGCGACGUUGCCAGCAGCAGCAGUAGUGCUGAACAACUAACUCCGGAACAAGCUCAGCAGCUGGCAUUGUUGAAGUACUUUGGUCAACAGCAACACCAAGUCGUCACCACUUCCAGGCCGGUAGUUGUCCUGGAGACACUCUACGAGUCGCACGUGAUCCCCGUGGUGAACGCAGGAAAUACCAUUUAUUCAACUCUGACCAGACCGGUCGGCACCGUACCCAGGACUUCUUACGAAUACGGCACGUCCACUCUGAGUCCGGUGCUGCAGCCACAGGUGCCACAAGUGCCACAAGUACCGCAAGUGCCGCAAUUACCGUUGUUCCCGCAGCAACCACAGUUCACAGUGACGAGCGCACCCUUGAUAACUCAGACCCUCGCCACUGUGUCGGAAUCACGGGUGCUAAAGCUCACUUUCGGCGCCAAGACCGCUUACACCACCCUCUUCUCCACGAGGGUCGUGCCCACCGAGCUCACCACUUACAUUACCAGCACGGUGCCGGUGCAGCCGACGGUAGCAGCGUAUCCUGGCUAUUAUCCGGCUCCAGUGCCCUAUGCGCCCUUCCCCUUCGUCGGUUAGACUUUCGUCUGAUCCUCGAUCCCUCCGAACCCUUCGCGAUCCACUUCGAUUGCACUCGAUCGCCAGGUAGACUCCUCGUUUCUUUGAGUCUCAUUUCAAUUUUUAUAAAGAUAUUGUAGUUUCUUUUAUAUACUAAAUAUAAAUAAUGCGUACAAUGGUCCUAAAAGCGAACGAUACAGCCUAAUGCAUUUUUAUUUAUGUGAUAUGAUAUUAAAAUAGACAUCUUUAAAUCUGUUUCGAGAUCUUUAGAUAAUAUCAUUCACAUAAAUACAAGUUAUUCUCCAUAUUUAUCUGCAUUGGCCGUAACGUAUCGUGAAAAUUAAAUAUUUAGUAAGUUAUGAUUUAAACAAAAAUAAUAUUUAAACUUAAUACUUUUCAAUAAAGCAACAAUUUUGCAAUUUCGCUUAAUUAUAGUUCUAUGUGUAUAAUAGCAUAAGUGUAACAUAAACAGACGCAACCGAAAAAUUGUAUUUUAGGCAAAGAAAAUUAUAAAGCUGCAAUGACAAAUUAUUAUGAUAAAACCUUGGCGAUAAUAGCAAUCAAAUGGUAUCGGGAAUUAUUGUAAAUAAAUUAUUGACUAUAAUAUCGUGUAUUGUAUGUAUAUUGCGUAUUUUGUAAAUAAAUAAACACGGAAACGUAAAGUUUUGUUGUAUUAUAAUAAAUCCAGAUACUGCGAAUGUG